AUGUACUCCAAAGGAGUUAGGAGGGUGGGUGCUUUUAAUGUAGCUUUGUUAGGAAAGUGGUGUUGGAGGAUGUUGGUUGAUAAGGAAGGGUUGUGGUACCGGGUCUUGAAAGCUCGUUACGGGAAGGAGGGAGGGAGGUUGAAGGAGGGUGGCAGCCAUUGCUCGGCUUGGUGGCGGUCUUUAUGUAGAAUUCGCGAGGGGAUUGGUGAGCGGGUAGGAAGUUGGUUUGAAAAUAACACUCGUAGGGUGGUUGGGGAUGGCAAUGAUACUUUAUUCUGGCAUGACAUUUGGGUGGGGGAAAUUUCUCUAAAAUUUAAAUUUCCCCGCCUUUUUGAUUUCGCCUUGAAUAAGGAGUGUUUGGUGGAGGACAUGAGGAGGAGGUUGGGGGCAGAUGGUGAGGGGGAGGGGUUGUGGCGUAGGCGUUUAUUAGCUUGGGAGGAGGAGGGUGUGAGGGAGUGUUCUGUUUUAUUACAGAACAUUGUUUUGCAGGAUAGUGUUCACGAUGUUUGGAGGUGGUCGUUAGACCCUGUUCAUGGCUAUUUGGUGCGGGAAGCAUAUCGCUUCCUAACAAAUUACGGCGAGUCAGCGGAUGGGAAUCUUGUUGACGACAUCUGGCAUAAAAACAUUCCUUCAAAGGUGUCUUUGUUUAUGUGGCGCCUUCUUCGCAAUAGAAUUCCAACAAAAGACAACUUGGUGCGACGGCGUGUCAUUCAUCAAGAUGAUGCGACAUGUGUGUCAGGUUGCGGGAAUGCGGAAACGACAACACAUCUUUUUUUAGGAUGUGAAAUUUUCAGUUCUCUUUGGUCUCAUGUGUGGCAUUGGUUAGGUAUCUCUUCAGUUUUUUCUGGUGAUCUUCAACAACAUUUUGUUCAAUUUACAUAUAUGGCGGGCAUGCCUAGAUACACUCAUUCGUUCUUCACAACUAUUUGGUUUGCCUCUAUUUGGGUGAUUUGGAAAGAGAGGAAUUACCGUGUAUUCCAAAACACUGCUUCCGAUCCUUCUAUCCUCAUCGAAAAGGUUAAACUAAACUUUUUUUAUGGCUGA